AUGAAUACAAUAAUGAAAGGUUUCAUUCUAUUAAAUUUAUUUUUAAUUUAUUCUCGAUAUUGUCGUACUGUCCAUUUGGUGAUAUUUAUUCCAGAAGAACAAUCGUAUUUGAAUCUAGCGGCAGAAUUAGCAAUUAACAGACAUAAUUUGUUGCAAGACAAUAUGUCAGAUAACUACGUAACCGUAAAUUUUCAUAAAAUUAACCACAGAGAUCCACGUUCAUGGAGUAAUUCUAUCAAAAAUGUUUGCUUAAAUAUUCAAAAUGAUACGAUAGAACAUCCAGAUCUUUUAAUCGAUCUUACACCACCAUCGCAAGCUAGUUGUGGUAUUCAGAAAUUAGCUCAACAAAUUGAUUCCGGAAUUAUAACGCUUAAUUAUUAUGACUGCCCGCCGUUAUACAUUAAUCAAACUCUCCUUAAUAAAUCAAAUCUCAUCACAGAAUUGAAUAUACCUUCAGUAAACUUACCUCCUGAAGCAGUGGCAUCUGCAUUAUCUGUUUUUGGAAAUACAAUCGCUGGUUCUCUUCGAACAGAGACUAUAAUUAGAGGAAGCGAUGAGGCUGGUUCUCAAAUCACAAUUUCAGACUAUCGUGACUAUCCGUCUGUGAGACGAUUCUAUCUUACUUUACCGUCACAACUGAAUGAAUCACAAUUAGCACAGUCCCUAGAAGAAAUAAAAACGUGGUUAUGA